AGGAGAAGGGAGGCAGGAGACGGUCGCCGCUUCCCCGCGCCCAGUGCCGCUUCCUUCCCCGCUCCCCGGGGCAGCCGCGAUGGCUGCGCAGCUCCGCGCCCAGGAGGUGGAAGGCCCGCGGGCGGCGGCCCCGGCGGCCCGGCUCGGCCCCAAGGUAUGCCCGGUCUCCUGCACCCUGCUGACUUUCUUCCUCCUCGCCGCCUGCAGCAUCCAUGAAACCGAGCAGAAAGGCUACUGUGAGAAUAUCAUCACCAAAAAGCACCUGGAUAAGCUGCAGGAGCUGAUUGACUCCCAGAUGCUGAUGUCCUGCCACGUCUCCUUUGAGUUCAUUGAUGAGCAGCAAUUGGGUGACCCCAUCUGCUUUGUCAAAGCGGCUUUCCCUCGGCUGGAGGACAUCCUUGACAAAAUGAAAUUCAAGAAGAACUCCGAUAAUUUUAACAAGACAAAAGACGUGCAAAACAUGUACAAGAAAAUCGACGAGAAUGAAGUUCCAUGCAUUGACGACCAGGACGAUCAUGAGCGCGAGCUCUCCCAGGCCUGCUCCAAGGAGUUCUCCAUGCCUCCCGAGGAGAUGCUACAGCUGGUGAAGGAUUUCUUUCACCGAGUUAUGGGCCUCUUAGACGAAGAUGUGGAUUUCAAACGCGACUGCAGCAAAACCUACCAGAAGUGCUCUGACGCCCCGAAAAAGGAACUGCCGUCUCCAGGUGUGGUGACUGACCGUGACUGCAACUGUCCAUCCCCAAGCUCCCCUCGUGAGGGACCCCAAGCCUCUCCCCACCCAGCCUUGGCCACCAAGCCCUUCCCUUCCACUGUACCCGGCCUGGGCAGCAAGGAGGCGGCUGCCAGCACGCGCCUGGCCCACAGCCAGCCUGGUGCCAUGCAGAGCCCAGUCAAGUCAGACAGCAGCGCCAAGCCCAGGGUAUCCAGGAGCACGCACCAAGCCCUGGUUGCUCUGGAGAUCCAGGGGGUCUGGGCUGGCAUCUCUGCCAGUGUGUCCUCACCACCAGCAGACCUGGAGUUAGCAUCAGCAUCACAGGGACCUGGCAGCGUGUCCGUCCGCACUGAACCACUCCUGGACCUAACCGAACCUCCCAGCCGGGAGCCCCCUAGCACCAAGGAUGUCUUCACCUCCCCUUCCAGCCUGCCGGCCUCUGGUGGAGAGACGCUACAGAGGGAAGAGAUCCAUCGCACCAGGACAGAGGCUGAGCAAGUCCAGGCAUGGCCGACUGGGCUCAGAUUGUUCCUCCGCACGCCUGGUUCAUCGGACUCCUCCCCCAGCGCCAAGCAGACCCAGCCAUGGGCAGGAGAAGAUGUCACCCAAGCCAUCUGGGCAUUCUCAGCAGCAGAGCCGAGCACCCACCUGAUAGAUCCCAGCAGUGCCAAUGCCGGGUCCAGCCCAGCCCUGACAUCCGAAGCAGCGGAGGCCUCGGGAGCAGACCCCGGUGGCCGAUUAGUGACCCCCCUGCACAGUGAGCUGAGGCCGAUCCCCUCUCUGGGCUCCGAGGAGCCCAUCUCUGUAGUGCAGCACCAGUUCUCCGGGAUGUCUGCUACCACUGACCGCCCUACUGCCCCAGAGACGCCCCCCGGGGGGAGUCCUCGGCACCCAGCAGAGCAGGGCAAAGCCCCAGACGUGCAGCGCACCACGGAGCUCCGAGGAAAGAGAACAGGGGGGCUGCCCAGGUUCAGAGAGCUCGACGACAGCCUGGCGGGGCCCAUCCCUGACCUUAACAUCCUUCCUCCGAACACAGACCAGCGCAGGAAGGAGGCGCAGCCCAAGGCGACCCAGCGGGAGGUCAUGUCCUAUGUGCUGGUGGCAGUCCUGGCGACCGUGGCGAUUCUGCUGGCUGUCGGAGGCCUGCUCUUCUACAAGCAUCGAUCCAGGUCCGCUGAAUGGAGUGGAGGAGCCUCUGGAGCUGCAGGUGCAGGGCGAGCUAUGAGCUGGGCCUUUCCUGUGCCAGGAAGAGCAACGGCUUGAGGCUUGGAUUCCGAACCCUCCCUUUUGUGUGGGAUCUCAGCCCCAUCUGGAGGAGAAUCUGCAGCAGCUGGACCCCUCCUCCAUCGUCCCCAGUGCCAACGAUUGUCACUUGCUCUCGCUCUCUGCUCCUCUCUGCAAGGUCGGGAGAGACUGAAAGAUCUGGAAAUGGAUGCUGUUUAUUCUUGGCACUGGCGCCUGGGUUCCGCGCUGCCCCACGCCCCGGCCAAUCCCACCCCUUGCUCUCUAGCUACUGGCAAGCCAGAGCAGCCUGCAGGACCACCCCAGCAGACCUGGCACCAGGAUGGACAAAGUUUUGGCUCUGAUGAAGGGAGAUAAGCAGUCCUGGGACUCGCGUUGUCUGAUCCUCUCCAGCCUGGAAAGGGUUAGGUGGACUCCACCGAGAGUUAGGAUAGCGUGACGCUGGCUCCUUCAGGGACUGGCUGUGCCUGCCGUGGAGGGCUCAGCGAGAAGGGGCAUGCCUGGGCAGGAAUGAGAGGACUCUGCUGAGCCAGCCAGGUUGUCAUUGCUCCCUGCAUGCUCUGGGACGGAGUUGGAUGCAGGAGGACAGGAGGGGUGGGGACUGCGAUCUGGGGUCUCUUUCUUCCCGCUUCUUAGACCAGCUCCAUCUCGUGACAUGGCAGAGGGAAUCCGCUGCUUUUCGGAGAGGCUGCCACCUGUCCGCGAGCGGAGUCUGCCUCUCUCUUUCCCCUGUCUGCCCCAGCACGGUGGCCUUGGGAAUGAUCAUCAGAUGGCCCCUUUCAGGAGUCGUUUUUAACGACCUGCACUAGCCAGCGCCGGUCCCCUCCAUGCCUCGAGGCUGCUGUGUCUGGCUGUCUGGCCCCGGAGCCCUGAUAGCGUACUAUGCAAUGCUGGCCCUCUCUCCUCUCCCCAUGCCCUUCGCUAGAAGCCUAUUGGCUCAGUAUACUGGACUCUGGGAUCGGUCUCUGACCUUCAGGGUUCCCAUCUCUGCAAAGUAUGGUCCUGUCCCCUCUCCCAUCCCCCUGCGCUCCAGUGAGAGGUAGAGGCCCUGCAAAGAGAGGAAGGGGCACCCUCAUUUUAGGGGAGCCUGCUCCUUCCCAUACCCAGGACAUGCUGUGGAGUGGGUAAUAGGGGUACAAAUUGGGGUCCUGGAUCCCAGCCCCCAAAGGGAAAGAAAACCUCUACACUGUGAAUUUUAACUCUCUCCUGCUUCCCCCUGAGCAACAGGGGCUGGCUGGUGUUUGGGUUCGUGCCUACCCCUCCUUUCCCGUACACUCAACGGGCCGUCCAUCCUUCUUGUGCCUUCUACCCUUUCAUUCCGUCCUCCUUCCCCCAUCCCCUGUCCAGGCAUCCUGCUUGUCGUGAUGUAGCUGAUGACCCUGAGCCGGCCUCAGGUUGGGAGAACUGCCUUUAUGCGUUAAUGUAUUGGAGAAAUCUCCUUCUCCUGUAAAGUAUUUUAUUGGAGGGAGCGGGCGUGCCCGGCGGUGGGAACUGCAGGCGGUGGGUCACAGCCGGUGGGUGGCUUUCUAACGCAAGCUGGCCUUGUGUUCCGGACUGGAUGUUUAUGACUGUGCUUUAAGAGACUGAAUAUGUCUCGUUCUGUCAAGGACUUUUUAUCCAGUAACAUGGGUGCAACAGACCAACGGGCCUUUGAUCCUGUGUGUAUAUCUCAGUAGGGUCAUGUGGGAUGGAACUCAUUUACUGAAUUACGUUGCGUGGAGAUCAUUAAUGCCCCCUGGAAGUGACAGCCCUGUGCUAGCUGGCGCGGUCCGUCUACGUAGCUCCGGUCAGGAAGUGGGACAUGGGCAGAUUUCAAGCUGAUCGCAGCUCGGCUCAUCCCUGUCUUUAGUCACCUCCUGGCUCAGCUGUUAAAACGCUGGGGAGCUUUGCCAGCCUUCUGUGCUGUCCCCAUGGUACUGCUGAGGCUCAGAGGUUCAGGCCCUUUCUGAGCUUAGGACAAAUCACACAGCGAAUCAGCGUCAGGGCCCGGAGCGGGUCCCACAACUCCCAACUGCUCGACCGGGGUCCAAUGGGCCACCGGAGCUCCCGUUGGGCUGUUGACAUGCUCCCUUCCUAAAUCUUGGCAGCCCAGUCUGCAGGGGGCUCCAGCCAGCCUCGGUCACCUCCACUCCCCGGGAGGAGGGCUGUGCCAGCCCUCUCUGCCAUCACCUGCACUGGGGGCCCAUCCCGUUCAGAAAUGAACCCCGUUGGACCACUCAGGCCUCACUGUUGCCUCCAGCCUCUCUCUGAUGUUGGCUCCCCACUCCAGGACCCUCCACCACUGGGGAGAAGGCGUUACUCUUCCAACUGAGCUGUGCCCUCCCCUCCCUCCAUCAGACCUCCUCCCCCACAACCGCACCAUUGUCUUGCGCCUGCUACGGGCCUGCUCUGCAUCAUAUGGCAGAAGAGCCCACAUUGGGCCGGAUCCCCCGCUGGAGUAAUUCGGCAGAGUUCCCAUUGCCUUCAGCAGUUUACGCCAGCUGAGGAUCUGGCCCAUGACAUCAAACUUUGCUGACACUCAGCAUCUGAUCUGAUUCUAGGGCCAGAUGCUCAGCGGGUGUAAAUCAGUCUAACUAUGGAACUCUGCUGUUUGGCCCCCAACUUGAAGAUGGGGACGUCUCUGCUUUCAGCGAUAAAUGGUUUAUUUUUUUAAAUGGCAGGAGAAAAACCUAUUUAAACCCCGUAUUUUUAAAUUAUUAAUAUGUUUCUUAAAGUAUAUUUAUUAAGUCCAAAGGCACAUUCCACUUCCAGUACGGCGUGCGAUUGUGGUGAGAUAUACACACAGCUCAGGUGUCAAGGGCACAGAGAGUCUGAUUCGGAUCUCACGUACCCCUGUGUAAACCAGGAGUAAUUCCACUGAGUUCAGUGGAGUCAGACAGAUGUAAAUAGGAUCAGAAUCAUGCCUGUACAGUCCAUCUGCUCGUCAGCCUGCCAGAUCUUGGGUUGGCGUCAGCCAGCGUAUCUCUAUGGCAAGCUGUGGGUCUCCGGCGAUUUACUCUAGGGCUAACAAUCCACGGUCUGACUCUGUCUACUAGAGCUAUGCACCUGCCAUGUCAUGUUAUUCCACAUAUAUUAGCCGAUGGGAGAGUAGCUCCCAACAAAGGGAGUUAUUGUUUUGGUCCCAACUGUGUUGUUUGUGUGUCUGUUUGUUUUGUUUUUUUUAUACUUCGAAAUUGUGAAUUAUUUUAUACAAAGUCAUUUAAUAAAUAAUGUCUAUUUAAAAAAACAAAUAGAAACCAGCUUGUGUAUUUAACAAUAAUAAUAAUAAACACGGAUGUGUGGCACUUUGUAACA